GUGCCUCGUCAGUCCCACAGCUGGUGGUCGCACUGAUUCAGAUAGCGAGAGGCAGAUGAGAGAUGGCAAUCGGGCUGCCUCUUUGUCUCGUGUUCGUGAUGUCGGUUGAGUCGACUGUGGCUCUUUCUUUGGCCGCCCGAAAGAAACGACGCCUUCCUCUGCAUGCUCGUCGAAAUAAACUUUUCUUCUAGACGGGUCCGUACAGAUAUCUGAAAACUACUGUGCCCGACGAAGAAGUGGUUGAAGAUGGCAAAUUCAGCUUUCUGACGCUAGCGAGGUGGGGUGGUUAGUAACGUGGCCCGUGCUUCUGUGCUGAAAGGGGGCCGCUGAGUUCCGGGCGGGAAUCAUUCGAUUCUCUCAAUCGCAUCGUAUGUUUUUUAAACCCACAUUCCCUUCCCAUCGACAAUCGAGAACAGCCUCCGCAGCCAUCAGCAGGCCAGGAACGCGGUCAGCACUCCCCCGAUACCGAAUUACUCACUCUACGCCGCGCGACACCUCCGCGCGCAAUUGGUUGUCGGCAUCUGCCCCGGCCGCCCAGUCUCGCCAGUCGGCCCUCGACCCAGACUCGCUGUCACUGACCUGCGGCACACGCACACUGCUGGCCAGAGAGAGAGAGAGGUCCCGCAUGCAACACCUGAUCGCAAGCCCAGGGAGUUUAGGGCUCUGAACUCGCAAAAAAGGAAUAAUGGCCGACCCCGACGCCGACUCACCCGUGCUCUUUGCCGACCUGGACACCUUCGACCUCGAUGGCAGCCUUACCGGCAACUUGGUGAAUAGUGGCCUCGGCACUCCGGAUCCCAACAACACCACCGCCGCAACCGUUGCCUCCUCCCAACCAGGUGACACGCUCGCUGCCACGCCUGGGUCCGGCCCCAGUGGGACUCCUGUAUCAGUCUCGCCUUCCAUUACCAACACCCACGCCCACCCACACGCCCACCCACACCACCUCCAAACCACCCAACCCGAACAGCAGCAAUUUUUCAACCCAGUGCCCUCCUGGAACUUCCAGGAUACACCCCCCUACGACCUCAACGCCGGUGACAAUCAGUUUACUGUUCCUCCUGUACCCCAUACCUGGGAUCUCCCGGUCCACGUCAACCUGGGCCAACCAGUGCUGCAUCAGCAGCAGCAGCAGCAGCCACAGCAUCAGCCCUUGUAUCUCCAGUCUCCCGCUGCCUCCAGCAUCGAUCCAGCCUUUGAUCACACUACCGCCGCCGCCGAUCCGGCCAACAUCUCGCUAUCACAGGCUCAGGCCCACUCCUUCUCGAACGACCAAUUUCGACCUGACAAUCGCAACAUCCAGAAUACGUUGACCCCUGCUCAGCAGGAGCGGCUCAAGAGCAUCGCCAUGCCGCCUCACCUUCAGUAUCACUCCCCCAAUAGUGCCGGGAGCCCCGACUCGAGCGUCAGCGCCGAUAAGGGUGCUGGCUCGUCCCCAGAUGCCCAAGGCAACUCCAAGUCCAACAGUAGAAAGAGGAAGUCGUCGGCCGAGGUCGACGACGAUGACGAUGAUGAUGAACUCGACGGACAGCACCCCGUCAAGAAGACGGCACACAACAUGAUCGAAAAGCGGUACCGGACCAAUCUCAAUGACAAGAUAGCAGCUCUGCGAGAUAGUGUCCCAUCACUGAGGAUCAUGUCGAAAAGUGCUCGUGGUGAAGACACCACUGAAGAUAGGGAGGAGCUACACGGCUUGACUCCUGCCCAUAAGCUCAACAAGGCCACUGUCCUUGCCAAGGCUACCGAGUAUAUCAGACACUUGGAAAAGCGGAACAAUCGCCUCAUUGACGAGAACAGUAGUAUGCAGGCGAGGAUCGCUGCUUUCGAAAAGUUGUUCAUGGCUGGCGCCAUGACUGGUCAAUUACCCAAUCCUCUCCAACAACCGCCCACACCGGUACAGUAUCCUCAAGAUGCUAUGCCCUACAUGAAUACGCCAGUAGCAACCACAAGAGGACCAGACCCAGCCGGUAUGAUUCCGAUCCCCGACGACAUCAAACGCAUCUUGGCUUCACAGCAGAUGAAUGCAGGACGCCCUUAUCCAGUGCCAGGUCAACAGUUCCAGCAAAACCCUGCCAUGAUCCGCCAGCAACAGCUUCAGCAGCAGCAACAGCAAACUCAAUCCAGCAGAUGGAACCCAUAUCUUGGAAAGCUGAUGGUGGGAUCACUGGCUGGCUUGAUGUUGGUCGAAGCCUACGUUGAAAAGGAACAAAACCCCGAGACCACCGAGGGUCGUGGCUUGAUGGGCGUUCCAGUGCAUCUCUUGGCAUCCUUCAUCCGAUCAACUCACUUCAGCAUUGGGGGCUACUACGUCUCUGCAAGCCAGAUUCUAUCCCAGCUCAGAUUUUUCGGAUUGCUGGCGGCUUUCCUCUGGGCUACCUGCGCUUCCUUAUUCAAUAUUGAUAUCUUCAAGCCAUCCGAGAAGCCCAAGCAUGCUACCUCGGCUCCUCAAGCGGUGCCAUCUCUUGCAUCGCCUAUUCACGUCAGGAGGCAAGCCUGGCUCACCGCUAUCCAGACCGUCUGGGUACCCCAGCACAACUUUGUCCUGGAAGCCGCCGCGCUGGUCCUAAAGUCGUCCAAGUACGCCCUCAGGAAUGUGAUCGGACCUCGUGGUUAUCUCAUGCUUGUCGGCCUCAGCGAAGAGCAAGAAGCUGCGCGGGUCAAAGCAUGGUCAAUUGCGUUGGAUGCCCAGCUCGCCGGUGGUGACGUCGAGAUUAAUAAGAGCCGUCUCACGCUCACCUUGAUCGCUUCGGGCACUUUGCCGGAUACUCCGCUUCGUCUCAUGAUGAAGGCGCUGCACAUUCGGGUAUUGCUUUGGAGACUCAAUGGGGCUUCUUGGAUCACCAACUUAAUGGCUGCCAAACUUGCCAGGGCGCGUUGGAACGACGCACGGGAACUCAACCGCAUUCUCAACUCACUCGGCGAGAACAACAAGUCUGCUGACGAAAUGCUCCCUGAGCAUCUGGCAGUGCUUCUCGAACAGGACUGUGAUGAGGUGCUCAAUGACGAUAUUAUCCAGAGAGCCCACAACCUGGCCUGGAACCAGCCCACCACACACAACGUUGAUGAAAUCAUUGAUGGUAUGGACGCCGUGGUUGAGGAUGCUGCCGUUAGGUCGCCCAUGGAUGCCGUUGCGGCCUGGUACUCCAGCCUGCAGCUUCACCAUGUUCUGUGCAACAAUCUGCCCAAGACCCGUGAUGAGUCCGGAAGACUGGCUCUCGAGACUGAAGACAAGCUUAACCUGGCGACCAAGGUUGCCCCCAUUGGUUCCAACGCGCACGUUCGCGUCUUGGUCGCUCGUGCGGUCCUCGGUGAGCAGAAGCGCGGUGCUGCCAUCGUCACUGCUAUGAAUGCCCUCGGCCCGUCUCUGAACCCUGACAAGCACCCCAACUACAGCAGGGGUGUGCCGCCUCUUAUCGACUCUCCUGUCACCCCUAUCACUCCUGACCCCGACGCCCAGAUGGCUCUUCGCUGCGCCAUGGGUAUUGCUCAGCUGCAAAGGUUCUCCGAUCCUCCUCCAGCCGCUUUUACCGUCAUCGACUCCAUCCUUCCCGCUGGUGCCGACAUUGAGGGCAUGUCUCUGUUGGGUUACACCGCUGCUUACCACCUGAUGGAGCGCCUCCACAGACACGCCGUCGGCCGGGAGACUUGCUCGCGUUCUCUUGAGAGGCUUGCUGGCAGUUUGAGAAUAUGGAUUGGCAGCGAGGCGGGCAACGAGGUGGGCUUUGAUGGGCCGAUGAGACAAAAGAUGAUUGAUAGGUGCUUGGCUAUUACGAAGAGCGUGGUGGGUAUGGAGGCUGACCCUGGGUACGCAAGCAUGGAAGAAGAGUGCACUGAGGAUACGGCGGGUGGUGGAUGCUGAAUUUUUUGCAAGUGAUUGUUUUGGAGUUUUUAGUUUUUGCGACAAAGGUUUUGAGCGAUGGGUUGUUUUUUACAUGGUCUGUUUUUUGCUAUAUCAUCUCUGACCAGAGGCUCUCAGUUGCCGUAUAUUCUUCUUUAUCUCGAUGCGAUUGCGUUUGGCGCAUGAUACCUCUACUCCU